AUGUCCGAAUCGGUUUUUGAACCUGGAUAUAAUAGACGCGAGAGCCCUAUCAAGGAACCUCUGUAUCGUGCCAUUAAAGUUGAUCUCAGAGUACUACCACAAGAAGUCACUAAACCAACUUUGAUGAAACGAAAGACGGAUCAUCCCCUUAAUGGAUUUACACAAAAUCAGCAUGAAGACGAACAAGGAAUAAUGCAAGCAACUCUGUUAAACAAUAAGACACACGGCGAAGUAACAGAUUCUCCUGUGGUAUCUAAUGUCUAUGAUCCAAAGAACCAACUAAGAUCCCUGGUGAAGAACGCGGAACGUAAUAAAGACGCUUUGAAACGUCGUAAUGAACAUAUUAAGAAGAUGAAGGCGAACUCACGCAGUAGAUUUGGCUGGUAG